AUGCCUGUGUUUCAGUGUCUAUUCGGAAACCAGAGAAUCAUUUUCAUCAACUCAUAUUCAGCAGCAAUAGACUGGUUUCUGAAAAACCAGACAUGUCUUAUUGAUAGACCUGUGUUCUAUACCUUUCACAAGUUGGUGUCGACAUCACAGGGGCUAACAAUAGGAACCUCACCAUGGAAUGCCACGUGCAAAAAAAGACGACUUAAUGUGCAAAGAUAUAUGACUACACCCGCGAUUCAAGAGAGAGCAAGCUUGUACGACGUGGAAUCGUACUCGUUACUACGUGAUCUGUAUCAAGAUACGUUGAAUGGUAGCUCAGCCUAUCCUUACACUUACACCCAGAGGCUUGCUCUCAAUUUCACCACUAUGCUCUGCUAUGCCACGAGAUUUGACAACAUUAAGACCAAACUUUUGGAGGAGAUUUUAGAAAUUGUGAAGACUAUAUCCUCUUUCCGUUCUACAAACAAAAAUUUGCAAGAUUAUGUCCCGAUCAUGAGGCUUUUGCCCGAAAAUCCCAGAAGCAAGCUUGCUGUUGAGUGUAGCAGGAUCAGAGACGAGUGGCUCCAAAAGCUUACGCAGCAAGCUCUCAAUCACAGAAACGACCGUGUGAGUAUUGUAGGAGACUUUGCUAAGUCUAGUGGGAAAGGAAGAUUGGAUCUAGAUGAUAUUAAAUGCAUAUGUGUUGGCUUGGUCUCUGGUGGGUUCGAGACUCUUGGUUCAACAGGAGCUCUAAUAUUUGCACAGCUAGCCACAGAAAAAGGAAGGAAGUGGCAAUCAAAAAUCUACUCCGAUUGCGUUAAGCACUAUGGCUCCGUGGAUGUGGCAUGGCAACAGGUGGUACUUGAACAAAAGAGUGAAUUUGCAGUGUCCUUCAUCCGCGAGCUCCUGAGAAUGUACGCGGUCAUUCCUCUGAUACCGGCUAGAAAAACAGCGAAGUCUUUUGAGUGGAACGGGGCUACCAUUCCUGAGGGUGCAACGGUAAUCUUAAAUGCGCAAGCCGCAAAUCACGACAGAGAACAUUUUGGAGACACAGUGGAUGAGUUUGUUCCCGAAAGAUUUCUCUAUGAAUCCGACGUCAACCGUUCGCCAUUCCAUUUCACAUUUGGUGCUGGUUCAAGGGCAUGCACGGCAGUCAAUCUUUCAAUUAGAAUUCUGUAUGUCAUUCUGACACGAAGCUGCCUGCUUUUUGAAAUUGAGGAAGAUGCUUCACGUCCACCAGUAAAUGACUAUAUUGGAUAUGCAGCAGACCGCUCAGCACAAACGUACUGGCCUAAGGAGUUUGGUAUAUAUUUGAGACCAAGGAAUCUCCAUACAAUGGAGAGGUGUUUUAGAAAAUCCAAAGAGGCUUGUGCUGAGCAGUUGUCAUACUCAUAUGAAAACGAUGAUGCUGGAGAAUGUGAGAGUUGUUUAUAA